AUUGUCCCAUUUUUGUUUUUCGAGCUAAUUUAGCAAACUUUAGAUGGCAGUUGUUUGGAGAGUUUGUUUGUUAUUAUAUUGCGAGAAGCUAUGUCAAUUUGAAUUUUUAUGUUUUUGUUUGAAAGUCGGUGCUUAUAUUCACUGAUUUUUAAUUUUAUAAAUAUUUGCUUAAGGCAAUGAUGCCUACAUUUCGUGAAAAAGUUGGAGGUUUUCUCCGACAAUUAUCGACUGGCCAGGAAAAGAAAUCUGAUUGUAGAUCAGCUUGCACAUCUCCUACAUCGACUGGCUCUUUUAUUCACAAAUAUUUACUAGGUGAAGUUAAGAAAGAUCACCCUCAAGUUUUUUAUGCAAAAUCUUGCUACGACUUACCAAUAAAAGAAAUCGCCAGGUUGUCUAAAGUAGUCCUAUCAGCAUAUACUGGCCCUGAAGAUGGUUUAGCAACUGUGGAUCGUAGAGAUAAACCAUUUGAGUUCCGAGAUGCUGAUGUUCAUUUUAUUGAUGAAGAUCACAGAGAUAGUUUAGAAAAUAUUACAAAGUGUAAAGAGGGGAUAAAAACAGAAACUGCUCAGACGAAUCAAGAAGAGGAUAUACAACCUUGGCCAGAUGAAAGCUCUACUUACUUGGACUUUAAAAAGGAAAAAGAAAACAUUCUUGUAGCUGGAAUUAAAAAUUGGACUCUACCUUCAGAAUUUGCUUAUGGUAUUGCCACAACACUUUAUGAAUGCCAUCCUGUUACUAAAGAAAAUGCUGGAAACCCUAUUGCAGAUGCAUUUGCUAUUGUUAUGAGGGAAAACAGUGCUCUUCUUGCUUUGGCAGAUGGUGUCAAUUGGGGAGAAAAAUCCUGUUUAGCUGCUCGUUGUGCAAUUCAUGGAUGUAUCAAUUACUUAAAUAAAGUUUUAUAUAGGGAAGGAUCUGGAGAUUUGACUUCUCUGGAUAUAUUUGUCAGUCUUUUAAGAUCUUUUAGUGAGGCUCAUAAUCUAAUUUUACAAGAAAAUGGGACUCUAACUACUCUUUGUGCUGUUGUUGUCGCUCAGAUAAAGAAGUCAAAUAAAUUUGUAGCAUGUGCUUGUAAUGUUGGAGAUAGCUUAGCUUAUAUUUAUAGUCCAAAAUAUGGAGUCAGAGAAAUAACUCAAGGUUCUCAUGAUAUUUACUCUAUGAGGGACAUGAGAGAUGCAUUGGGUGCAUUAGGUCCAGUGGAUGGAAUAAAUCCGGAACUUGGUAACUUGACUGUUUCCAUGUCAGAAUUAGAACCAGAUGAUAUUGUAUUUUUAGUAAGUGAUGGAAUUUCAGAUAAUUUUGAUCCUGUAGUUGGUAAAUUUGCAAUUCCAAGAAAAGUUGAUAAAAGAGCUAAAACCCCAACAGACUCAUCUGCAGAAAACAACCAUCCCUUAAAUGCUUUACACAAUCAAAAUGUUGAAAAAGAAACUUUUGUGAUUGAUCUCAACUUACCUGUAGUUGAAGCCCAUCAGCGACAUGCUUUAACGUUGUUGAGAAUGGAAGAUCUCAUAUUGAACGGAGUUAAUGAAGGAGAUGGUCCUUGUGAAACAGCGCAACAACUGUGUGAACAGAUGAUUGAUUUUGCUGAAAAACUUACUAUUGCCAAGAGACGCAUUUUAGAGGAUCCAGAACUCUAUAAAAAUGAUGAUUUAGAGGUGAAUCAAGCUGGUCAACGCAUGAGACGUCGGAAAGUUGGCGAAAAAUUAGCCAUGGUUCCUGGUAAAUUAGAUCAUGCCUCUAUUGUAGCUUAUACGGUUGGUACAAGAUUUGAAGAAAAGGUUCCUUUAAUUGCUGAAUGUGAAUCAUUUUCUGAUUUGAAAUGCUGAAAAUAAUACAUUGUUGAAAAUGCUUAGUACUUAAUUAAAUUGGAAAAGCAAUUUGGCAUGUAGCAAUAUUUAACUUUAUUUUAAACUACUGUAGGGAAUAGGUGAAAACUAUAAUUUAACUAAAGACUAAGUAUGCUUAAAUUUGCAGGAUACAAACAUAAAAGCCAUAGUGCUAGUAGAUUUUCUUAUGAACAAAGAUCUAAAAUCACAUGAGCUAACUUUUUAAUACUUGUUUUUAUGCAGUGAUGCACUUAGAGAAUU